GCGAACAAGAUGAAUCGAUUUUCGUUGCUAUUUUUAGUUUUGAACAUUUUGAUCGGUGUUCUCUCCGUCACCGUAAUUGAAAAUAAUAACACUAUCAAAGAGAACGUUGCCGUUGAAGUGGAAAUAGCCAAAUAUGAAGCGGACUUCCUGAAGGAAUUUGAACAUUAUCAAUCCACCGGUCGCAAAUCAUCCGACUUCGAUCGACUGUUGGAUUUGAUAAAGUCGAACGACAUCAAGGUCACACUGGAUCGGAUGCCUCAUUCGAAGGAUCCCAAGAUGUGUUUGACCUGCUUAUCGGCAAGCUAUUCGUUUCUGGAGAUCUAUAAACGGACCGUAAAAAAGGAGAAGACUGAGCUCGUCAAACUGGCUCAAGACAUUUGCCAUCUCUACAGCAUGAAACCGUACGUAUGUGAUGGUUUGAUCACACUAAAUUCCGAUAUUAUUAUGUUCAUACUGGGGCACCUAGAACAGUUACCCACGGCUGAAAGAGUAUGCGAAGUUGCUUACCAAGGGGACGACUGCGUGGUGGAUGGAUCAGAUAUUCUUUUUGAUCGAUACCCGAAAGUUAAUACGAGUGUGUCAGACAACAUGCUGAAAGUUUCCAAAGAAGCUUCAAUCAGAUCUAAUAAGGAACCUCUCACGAUCAUCCACAUAACUGAUAUUCAUUACGAUCCAGAAUACGAAGUAGGGGUGAACGCGGAUUGCGCUGCAGGUGCCUGCUGUCGGCACGUUCCUGAUCUUGAGCCAGCGGACUCUUCCAAUGCGGCCGGCUUCUGGGGUGACUAUCGGGAUUGUGAUACCCCGUGGCACGCAGUUGUUGACGUGAUGGAACAAAUUCGUACGCAGCAUCCGAAGAUCGAUGCCGUCUAUUUCACUGGUGACAUCAUUCACCAUUUCACCUGGAACACUACUGUUGAAUCCAAUGAAGAUGCUAUGCGGCAAAUUUUCCAAUUACUCAAAGAACGCUUCGUAGAUAUUCCUUUGUAUCCCAUUCUGGGGAACCACGAAGCUCACCCAUCGAACUUGUAUGCACCACACGGGGUCCCAACCGAACUCACUUCCAAAUACCUGUAUUAUUUCAUCACCAAACAAUGGGAUGAUUGGUUGCCGGUCUCCGUCAGACCUACUUUGACUGACGGUGGAUAUUACUCUGUGCUAAGUCCUCUAGGUCAUCGUAUUAUAGGUCUUAACAAUAACUUCUGCUAUGUUCACAAUUGGUGGCUGCUCUAUGGAGACGACUACUUCAUUCAGCAGCUUCAGUGGCUCCACGACAUCCUUCUGGACGCGGAGAAGUCUGGCGAAAAGGUUCACAUUUUGGCACACGUUCCAUCGUACGAUAACUAUUGUUACAUUGGAUGGACAAGAGAGUAUCGGAAAAUUGUGGAACGGUUUGCCCACAUAAUCGAAGCACAGUUCAAUGGCCACUCACACGUAGAUGAAUUCAAUGUAUACUACAAAAAGACCGAUUCUUCGGCAGCUGUGGGUGUUGCGUGGAACGGAGGCUCGACGACGACUUUCAGUCAGCUUAAUCCAAACUACAAGGUAUUCUACGUGGAUCGAGAAAGUUUUGAAAUCCUCGAUCAAGAGACUUGGAUCUAUAAUCUGACCGAAGCAAACCUGCACCCAGAUCGGAAACCCAGCUGGUUCCUGGAAUACACCUUUAAACAGCACUAUGGAUUAGCCGACCUCAGUCCAAAAUCUCUGGAUACAUUGCUGCAAAAACUAGCCCACUCCGAAAGUGACCUCCUGCAGUAUUGGAAACUAAAGCAGAAAAAUGCCGACCCACUACUUGCUAAAGGCUGUGAUAAAACCUGUCUACGGGAUGCUCUCUGUGCUCUAGCUCGAACCGAAUAUGCAGAUGAUGCCGCCUGUGAGCGACUUCUGUCCACGCCCCAAGCAAACUGAAAAGCCCAACGACGGUGU